AUGUCAACACCAGCGAUAUUAAUUCGCCAAUUUGUGAUUCCUCGUCAGUCCCAACGACGUAUUUCGAACACAUCGAAUAGAGGAACGUCGACGUCACCACAACGACGUUCUGGAGUGGCGCCUGCACUCAACACCAGGCCCAAAAAAUUUACAGACAUUCCUGGACCCUUGGCUCUUCCUAUGUUGCGGCACUCCGCGCACGUACUGCCGAGAAUAGGUACUUUUCAUCAUUCAGUGGGAUUGGGAUUGUUGGAAGGCCUCCGCCAACGAUAUGGAGAUUUAGUGCGACUAGCCAAAGCGUCUCGGAGCCGCCCUGUCCUCUAUGUGUUUGACCCUGAAAUGAUGAAAGAAGUUUAUGAUAGCAAAGUGACGGAGCCGCCCCACUGGGACCGCUCGCCUCUGUAUGAACAAAGAAAAACUGCAACCAAUCAAAGUUCCGUCCAAGGGGUCCAAGCAAAAGAAAUAUGGUGUGAAAUUCGAACACUUCUACAAGAUGGAGGGUUUCUGAAAAAUUUCGAUAAAGCUUUCGAUGAUAUCGCUGCAGACGUCACUCGAAGGCUCGGUGAACUUCGGCACCUAGAAAAUGCAUUGAACGAAGAAUUGUCAACAGAAAUAUACAGAUGGGCGCUCGAGAUCAUCGGUAUUAUAGUUUUUGGCAUUCGACUCGGUUGUUUGGACGGGGCAGUGCAUGUCCCCACUGCUGAAAACAGACCAAGAGAAAAAACAUCAAUGGACGACGAUAUCCCAGAUACUUGUUCUCUCUCCAAACGCUGUAUGGAUGGACUGAACCCUGCCGAACGUCUAGUGCUAUGCUCUUUAGAGAUCGCCAACAGCAGUUACUUAGUUCGAAGCGAAGGCACACUGAAGGGGGACUCGAAGACCUUCAAUGACGCCUUAAAGGCUUUUGACACUCAUUAUAGUUUAACGGAGCAUUUUCUUAUGCAAUCUGUGCAGUCACUGAACAUUAAAAACCUCAGACCGGAGCAAGUCCUCAUAGAUAGACUGCGGACACUUAAAAAUCGAGUCCUUCCAGUAGCUGCUGAUGUUCUUCUAGCUGGUGUAGAUCCUCUCGCUCAAACAGCUCUCAGCAUGUUAUACCAACUGUCUCUCCACGCGGCGCAACAGCAACGCGCUCACGACCAAGUCGCCUGGGCUGUUGCCUCCAAAGACGCUGGUGCCGAUUGCACAGAGCUCCCGUAUAUAAACGCUUGCGCCAGAGAAGCCUUGAGACUUUACCCCGUCACAGGCGGUGUUGUUCGGCGGAGUACUCAAGACUUGGUUGUAGCAGGAUAUGAAAUUCCAGCUGGGGUCGAUAUCGUCCUCGCUCACGGCGUAACCAGUAAAGAAGAAAAACAGUGGGGUAGAGCGAAGUCUUUCAUACCAGAACGCUGGUGUAGCGAAGGUUGGGAGCCUUUACGAGCGUCCAGAGCACAUCCAGCAGCUUCCAUGCCGUUUGGUGAAAACUGUCCAGCGACUGGAGUAGUUGCCAAAAUGCUCGCUUCAUUGGCAACCAGGAUUCUAGAUAAAUAUCGCUUGGAAUGGCACGGGCCCGCACCCAACGUGGUCACCCCAAGCGUGAACAAGUUGCAGCCUCCAUUCUAUUUCGUUCUUCAAACCGCUAGCUAA